CACUUGCAUGCCGUGCGCCAUGUUGAUGUCACAUGGAUUGUAGUCAAGCUGCCGUGAUGGCCGCUCUUGUACCAAAUGAAACGAAACAGUUUUAGAGCCGUGUUCGAGAGAACGUGGACGAAAAUCUCCCAAAUGGUUAUGACGACGGAUUUACCCUGCAGUGGAAACAUGGAUCAAAACCAAUUCAAAUCCGAUGCGCCUUUUAUCGGAAAUAGGUCUCCGACCAGCGCUGGAAACUCUCGAUCCGAACGGCAGUUUACCCGCGUUUUGCGAUCAAAAUCCUCAACUGCUGUGAAGAAUGCGGACGACAACAGCGAGAUACAGAAAGAGCAGCUUCAGCCGAGCGUUAGUAUCCCAUUAACAAAGUCGCCGGAGCCUGAAAUCGUUAAUGACGGCAGCAAUCAUAAAACGGACGCCUUUGCCCAAGUGACACACUUACGUCAGCUUUUGUUACUGCAUUUGGAGCUUAUUCAGCAACAACAAGAAGAGUUACAGAAAAAAGAUCGAGACAUCAAUCAACUGAAAUUAGACAAGGAGCAGUUGGAAUCUCGGAUGCACCGGUUAGAGAGGAGGAUGGCUGUAAAGAGAAGAAGAGAUGUCAAUGAAGGUUAUGACGAAGUCCCUGAAGAAAAAGAUGUCAAACCAGUGACUCCUAAAAAUCGCCGUCUGUCAGUGGAGCAAAUGAUGCGAGCCAAAAGAGUCCCAGCAACUGCCCCGGUAACCAUGACGUCGCACAUGUGUGAGGAUGUUAGCUACGACACGCACAUACGAACAGAGAAGCUUUAUCUGCAUGGUGACUUGCCUGAUCUUUUGAAUAAAACUGUUGAGAGUUCAAUUGUCGAUAAUGCCCAAGCACAUGUGCAAGGUAACAUAUUACAUAGUACUGAUGAUGAAGUAUUUGCUAAACGGCACAUGAAACAGGAACUCGAGGAAAGGAGGAGAAAACGUUGGGACAUACAGCACAUGCGUGCAAUUCAGGCACAUCAAAGUCUUGAAAAGAAACACAAAGAUCGAGAGGAAGCAAGAUUGAGAGGGAAAAGGUCUGGCUGUAAAGACCAGAGAGCAAGAGAUAUAGAAUCCUUUCUUCCGCCUCCUGAAGAUGUAAUGGCAGUCGAGGUGUCAGAUACAGUACCCGUAGUAGCCUUUGGAUUUCCUGUUCCACUCUUUCAAGACAAGGAAUUUGAGAUCCCCUGGUUUAGUCUUGACAAGAGAGAACUAAUCGAGAGGAAAGGAAAAGUUAAAACUGGUAGGACUCGUGGGAAACCUCGUGGCAAACGGAAGGGUUAUUAGAAAGGGAAACAAUUAUUUCAAGCUUGAUGUUGGAAUCCUGGCUAAAUAAAGGAGACAUUUUUUUAGUGCCUGUGGAAGAUAAUUUGCUACUAAGGAAAGCUUAAAGUUCAUGUACUGACCGAGGCUGGGUUGUUUGAAAGCCGCUUAAAACACUAACCCAGGGUUAAAAGUAAACUUAAGUAUGUAAAAAUGGUUUUCACUGCUAGUAUUUUGUUUAUUAUGAUUAUUCAAGCUCAAGU